AGCCGCGCUCGCCAAGAUCUACAUUUCCCAGCGGCCCGUCCCUCUCUUCCUCUCUUCCCCCCCCGCCCCAACUCCAAGCAGCGCCUGCGCAAAACCGCGGCCUGACUUCUCAUUUCGCCGUUGGAACCUUGUCGGUGGGCGGUGUGGGAGGGAAAAGGGAGAGGCGGCUGAUAGCAGGAGCGCGCGUGCAACGGCAGCGGCGGCCGCGAAGGGCAACGAAGGCACGACCCCAAGUGUUUCCACCGUCGCCAUUUCUGUCAGCCCGGACCCAUGAUUCCCAUAUGCCCGGUAGUGUCUUUCACCUAUGUGCCCAGCCGGCUGGGGGAAGAUGCCAAAAUGGCCACCGGCAACUACUUCGGAUUUACCCACACCGGAGCUGCUGCCCAGUAUAGCCAGCAGCCAGCUUCAGGUGUAGCUUAUUCCCAUCCAACUACAGUUGCAAGCUACACUGUCCAUCAGGCUCCUGUAGCUGCACACACAGUUACUGCUGCCUAUGCCCCAGCUGCAGCAACAGUUGCAGUAGCUAGGCCUGCUCCAGUGGCUGUUGCAGCUGCUGCAACAGCUGCAGCCUAUGGAGGGUACCCUACAGCACAUACAGCAACAGACUAUGGUUACACCCAGAGACAGCAAGAAGCUCCUCCACCACCACCUCCAGUCACUACACAAAAUUAUCAGGAUUCCUACUCUUAUGUUAGGUCCACUGCCCCAGCUGUGGCUUACGACAGCAAGCAGUAUUAUCAGCAGCCGACAGCAACAGCAGCAGCAGUGGCAGCAGCUGCCCAGCCACAACCUUCCGUAGCUGAAUCAUACUACCAAACAGCUCCAAAAGCUGGUUAUAGCCAAGGAGCAACUCAGUACACUCAAGCUCAACAAACUCGACAGGUGACAGCCAUAAAACCAGCCACUCCAAGUCCAGCAACCACUACAUUCUCCAUAUAUCCUGUAUCCUCCACGGUGCAACCAGUUGCAGCAGCAGCUACUGUUGUUCCUUCAUAUACCCAGAGUGCUACAUACAGUACAACAGCAGUUACUUAUUCUGGUACAUCUUAUUCUGGCUAUGAGGCUGCAGUAUAUUCAGCUGCAUCAUCUUAUUAUCAACAGCAGCAGCAGCAGCAAAAACAAGCGGCAGCUGCUGCUGCUGCCGCCGCUGCAACAGCCGCCUGGACAGGGACCACCUUUACUAAAAAGGCACCAUUCCAAAAUAAACAGUUGAAACCAAAACAACCUCCCAAACCACCCCAGAUCCACUAUUGUGAUGUUUGUAAGAUCAGCUGUGCUGGACCACAGACUUACAAAGAACAUUUGGAGGGACAGAAACAUAAAAAGAAAGAAGCAGCAUUGAAAGUAGCACAAAACACCACCAGCAACAGUUCAUCUGCUCGGGGAACUCAGAACCAGCUGCGCUGUGAACUCUGUGAUGUAUCCUGUACAGGAGCUGAUGCCUAUGCUGCCCAUAUUCGUGGAGCCAAGCAUCAAAAAGUGGUCAAGCUACAUACUAAACUUGGGAAGCCAAUCCCUUCAACUGAACCAAACGUUGUCACUCAGGCUACAUCUGCAGCAUCAGGUUCCAAACCAACAGCUGUCUCUUCAAAUAUUGUAACAAACAGUAACACUGUGAAUUCUUCUGUUUCAUCUCUGGCGGUGAAAAUUCUUACUCCCUCUGCCAAUGUACUCCUUAGCUCAGCAUCAAACAACAAAACAACAAUAGUUCCAACUAACAUUGCAGUAAAGAAGAUAUCUACACCCAAAAUUAAUUUUAUUGGUGGAAAUAAGCUACAGACAACUGGAAGCAAAGUAGAUGAAUUAAAAGCGGUAGAAAAUAUCAAGACUCCUCCUUCAGUUGCUGCAGUGCAAACGCAGGAAGUUAAACCAGAUACGUCUACUGAACCAGUAGCUCCUACAGCUCUUGCAGCUUUACAGAGUGAUGUCCAGCCAGUGGGUCAUGACUACGUGGAAGAGGUACGGAAUGAUGAAGGGAAGGUAAUUCGCUUCCAUUGCAAACUUUGUGAGUGCAGCUUUAAUGAUCCAAAUGCCAAGGAAAUGCAUCUAAAAGGAAGACGGCAUAGAUUACAAUAUAAGAAAAAAGUGAACCCAGACUUGCAAGUAGAAGUGAAGCCUAGCAUCCGAGCAAGAAAAAUACAAGAAGAAAAGAUGAGAAAGCAGAUGCAGAAAGAAGAAUACUGGAGAAGGCGUGAAGAGGAAGAGAGGUGGAGAAUGGAAAUGAGACGUUACGAGGAAGACAUGUACUGGAGGAGGAUGGAAGAGGAACAGCAUCAUUGGGAUGACCGCCGUCGAAUACCUGAUGGAGGAUAUCCUCAUGGACCUCCAGGCCCUCUUGGAUUACUUGGCGUCAGACCAGGAAUGCCACCACAGCCCCAGGGACCAGCUCCCCUGCGUCGGCCAGAUUCAUCAGAUGACCGUUACGUAAUGACCAAACAUGCAGCUAUCUAUCCAACUGAAGAGGAGCUUCAGGCAGUCCAAAAGAUAGUUUCUAUCACUGAACGUGCACUGAAACUUGUGUCUGACAAUAUGACUGACAGUGAAAAAACUAAAAGCAAGGAAGGGGAUGACAAAAAAGAGGGCAGUAAAGACAGAGCUUUGAAAGGAGUCUUACGAGUGGGAGUAUUAGCUAAGGGAUUGCUUCUCCGUGGGGAUCGAAAUGUCAACCUUGUCUUACUUUGUGCUGAGAAACCCACUAAGACAUUGCUUAAUCGCAUUGCUGAAAGUCUGCCCAAGCAACUUUCUGUAAUAAGUCCUGAGAAAUAUGAAAUAAAGUGUGCUGUACAAGAAGCAGCAAUCGUCUUGAAUUCCUGUGUGGAACCAAAAAUGCAAGUGACUAUCACGUUGACAUCACCAGUGAUUCGGGAAGAGAACAUGAGGGAUGGAGAUGUAACCUCGGGUAUGGUGAAAGACCCACCGGACGUCUUGGACAGGCAAAAAUGCCUUGACGCUCUGGCUGCUCUACGCCACGCUAAGUGGUUCCAGGCUAGAGCUAAUGGUCUGCAGUCCUGUGUCAUUAUCAUACGAAUUCUACGUGAUCUCUGUCAGCGAGUUCCCACUUGGUCUGAUUUUCCAAGCUGGGCAAUGGAAUUAUUGGUAGAGAAGGCAAUUAGCAGUGCUACUGGGCCACAGAGCCCUGGGGAUGCCUUAAGAAGAGUCUUCGAAUGUAUAUCUUCAGGAAUUAUCCUUAAAGGAGGUCCUGGGCUUUUGGAUCCUUGUGAAAAAGAUCCUUUUGAUACACUUGCUUUAAUGACGGAUCAGCAACGAGAGGAUAUUACUUCAAGUGCACAGUUUGCACUGAGACUCCUUGCAUUCCGUCAAAUACAUAAGGUUCUAGGAAUGGAUCCUUUGCCUCAGAUGAACCAGCGCUUCAGUAUUCACAACAAUCGUAAAAGGAGAAGGGACAGUGAUGGAGUUGAUGGAUUUGAGGCUGAGGGGAAAAAAGACAAAAAGGACUAUGAUAACUUUUAAAAGAAGUAUGUUUGAUUUUAACACAGAAAGAAGAUAAUGGAGGCCAUUUGUCAGAUUUUUUUCUUAAAGUCUGUUUAAAUACAUCCCCCAAAGUUAGAAAAAUUAUUUUUGUGUGGCAUUCACACUGUUUUUUUAAGGAUGUGCAGACUGAUUAUGGUGGAAAGAUAUCACAAAUGGAAACCGUAUUCUGAUUUUUUUAAAGCUACACCACAUUGUUCGAGUUCUAACAUACAGCUCUUGUUUUCUAUUCUUUAUGUUAACUGGUACACUGUGUACUUAAAUUGUACUGUAUUUAAUACAGAGUUAUGUGUUUCAGUUGCUUUGUGUAUUUUGCUCUUUAGAUUUUUUUAGUUAUCUUUGACACUAGCUGUAAGUUGCUUUGUAUUAGAAAUGGUCAAUACAGUUCCUUCCUUGCUUAAUAUUUUAUAGCAGAACACUUUUUUUGUAAAGUGGAACUGCAGAAUUAUUUCGCCUAAAUGUGAAGUGUUAACACACACUUAUCCUGCUGUUCAAGUGCUUUCAAUUAAAUGUUUCUGCCAAUUCCAUGGCAUUUGUUUCUCUAGUGAUAUAAUGGUGUAAUUAAGACAGAUUUGUGUUCCUCUAAUCAGGUUUGUUGUUAGUUCUGCAUUAGCAAUAUAAAAGCUAAACAUAUAAAAUAUGGACUUGCAGCAAUUUUAACAAUUGCAUAGUUGAUCAAAAGUUGCAUGACUUUGUUUUUAAUAGAAGGGCUUUUAAAAAGUAUUGUUUUAGGUUUUAUACCUAGGUCUUUGAUUGACUUUGACAUAGCAAGGCCAAAAAAUAACUUUCUGAAAUUUUGUUAAAUGUAAAAAAAGAGGGCAUUUCCCCCAUUUGGACAGAAGUAACUAAUUGCUUUCAGAGAGCUUUUUCAUUAUAGUAGCAAUGCCAUUAGCUCUUGAUUAAAAGAAUUGUUUGCCAUAUCAGUGCCUGUAAGAUUGCUUCUUUUGCUCUUCCUGUACCAAAUUUAUCAGUGACUUUUAAGUCUGAAACCUGAAAAUAGAUAAUAUUUCUGAUAAACUGAAGCUGUAAAAGAAAAUCGCAGAAAAUUAUUUGUGGCCACAGUGUAUGCUUAUGUCUCCUUCAAACAGCUAAAUAUUAUAGCAGUGGUGUAAUUCAGGUCUACAUCGGGCUGUUGAUGUAUGCUCUGGUACACAGGUGUGAUCUGUUACAGCACUACAGUUGAAUAAAGACUAAAAUCUAUUAUUUGA